AUGCAGUCCCGCGAGGGGGAAGAAGCAGCCACAGCGGCGGCGUCGGAGCCCGACGCCAUGAGCGAAUCGUGGCCAGUGGCGGAGGAGGCGCCACAGGAAGGAGCAGAAGCCUCCGCGCCGGCGGACCGCGGCGGCAAGAGCCCGAGCCCGGCCCCGCCAGCGUCGCCAUCUACGGUGAAGGAGCGGCAGAUCCCCGUGGACCCCGCGUCGCUGCGCCGCCUGGGCAUGGUGGCCGACGAGGACUCGCCGCUUUCCGCGCCCUCCGUGCUCACGGAGGUGGUGAUGCAGUCGUCCCCGAUCCUGCCGCCUCUCCGCCGGCCCACGUUCGUCGGCGCCAGCCUGCCGUGCUCGGCGGCCUCCUCCCCGGUGCACGCCGGCGCUCGUCCAGGUGCUGGUGGCGCCAAGUGGGAGGAGCAGCCUGACACCCACAGCCCGACCUCCGCGUCCGCGCUACGCUCCCUCGCCCGCCAGCACUCGGCCGCGCUCGCCCGGCUCGUCGCCGCGCCCGCGCCGUCCACGCUGUCGAGGUCCGCGUCCCGCGCCGAGGGCAGGACCAUGGGGCCGCACGACGACGAGGAGGAGCCGGUCCAACCCAAGACGCUCGCCGCCGCGGAGGACGGCUUCACGUGCGGCGCGCUGUGCAUGCUCUUCCCGGGCUUCUCCAAGAGGAAGCCCGCCGCCGCCUUCGCCGCCGGCACCACAACCGCUGCCACGACCGUGUCGUCGAGCGUGCAGAGGCGGCAGCAGUCGGGCUUGAGGCCUCGCCGCAGUAGCGCGUCGCGGGUGGCGUCGCUGGAGAGGUUCGAGUGCGGGUCGUGGAGCCCUCCUCCUCCGCCACCGCCGCCCGUGGACGCCGUCGACUGCCACGCCACGGAGGUGGCCAAGAUUAGCUGCUCGGACGACGACGCGGAGGCGCCGUUCAAGAUGGCGUUCGUGUUCGACGGCGAGCCGCCCGCGGCGACGAGGGGAAUACUGAAGAACUCGGCGUCGUCGCGGUUCGACUCGGCCAGGCCGUCGACGUCGUCGCAGAGGCACGUGAGGUUCUCGACGGCGGUGGCGGCGGAUGCGGCGUCUUCGUGCCCAUCGUCGCCGUGCAUCACGCCGCGUCUGGCGAUGGCCAGGGCGGAGUUCCACGCGUUCUUGGAGGCGCAGAGCGCGUAG